GUUUACCCUUAUAUCAUCAUGUUGUCUGUCUACUAUAUUUCGCUCCUGGCGUUUGUGUUGUACCGCGCUUUGAAGGUAGUCUAUAACCUGUAUUUCCACCCUUUGGCCAAAUUUCCUGGGCCUAAGCUCGCCGCCGCAUCGCACUUGUAUGAGUUCUACUGGUUGGUGGUUCGGGAUGGAGAGUUUAUCUGGGCGUUAGAGAGGAUGCAUAAAAAAUAUGGCCCCAUUGUGCGGAUCACGCCUCGCGAGCUUCAUAUCAGUGAUCCUUCGUUCUACAAUGAGAUAUACGCCGGUAACCCAAAAAGGGUGGAUGGUGACUAUCGAUUCACACGAUCCCUCGGUACCACGAAUUCUAUGUUCGCAGCUGUCGACCAUGACCUACACCAGGCACGCCGCAACAGCCUGAGUCAAUUCUUUUCAAAGCGGUCGAUCACCAAUAUUCAGCCCCUAAUCCAAGACAAAGCGGAGCGAGUCAUCGAGAAGCUUCGAGAGGCAUCUCACAGCGGGUCUGUGGUCAACUUAAACAUCCUGAACUCGGCGUUUACUGCCGACACUAUCUCGCAUUAUUCGUUCGGGGUUUCCAUGGGUUGUUUGGAUGGGGACGGGUCUGAGAACCUCCUGAAGGAUGCAACGCAAGCAGUGCUAGCUUUGAGCCACUGGCUUAAGUUUCUGCCCAUUAGAUUCACAAACGCCAAGAAGGUCCCUCCUUCUAUCGUGGGGCGCUUCUCCCCCAAGACAGCUGUUAUCUUGAAGACUCACCGCACCAUCCGCUCAAUGGCCUUGGAAGUGCUCAAUGCCAAGGAGCCCAAAGCUCCUAACGAGAACAUGUUUGCGGCGCUUGCGGACCCCACGCUUCCAGCCGAGGAACGAACCCUUGGGCGCCUAGAAGACGAAGGAUUUGUGUUUCUGGCUGCCGGAACAGAGACUACAGCCUGGAGCCUCAGCGUUACCAUGUUCUAUCUGUUAGACAGCCCUGGCAUCUUCUCGGCACUCUAUAAAGAAAUUGAGGAGGUUAUGCCGAACACAACGGAGUGUCCUCCCUUGGCAACUCUUGAGAAUCUGCCGUUAUUACGAGGUGUCAUUAAUGAGGGCCUCCGUUUGUCUCUGGGUACAUUAUCACGUCAUCCUCGCAUCGCACCAGACAGAGUAUUGCAGUACAAGGACUGGAUUAUUCCUUCAGGAACUCCAUGCAGCACUGUCACUUACUUCAUCCAUAUCAACCCAGAGCUGUUUCCAGACCCUUGGUCGUUUGAUCCAUAUCGCUGGAUACGGGCUGCCGAGCAGGGUGUACACCUCGAAAGCUAUAUUUCGCUGUUCACAAAAGGAACCAGGUCGUGCCUUGGAAUCAACCUGGCCACAGCAGAAAUGUAUAUACUCAUUGCCAAUAUGGUCCGACGUGUCAAGAUGAGAUUAUCAGAAGCUACUACAAUAGACUGCGUUCUGCCGGCGAAAGACCACACCGUUGUGGUGCCAAAGAAGACUACUGGUAUUCAAGUCACUGUGCUAGGAAUGAACAAUGCGUAGAGCGAUACAUAGACUGUGAUUUGCGUUGGAUACGUAAGUAGUUACCCGUGGGUAAACCAUAUCGACCAAGAGGGCUGGCUGGCUGAGCGUGUAUACAUUGUACAUGUGUCCUUACUCACUCAUAUACUUAUAUGUUGGUUGCAUGUAGUAAGAUUGAUUACACAAUAUUUAGUACACAUUGUAUACUAUAGUGUUGUGAAUGAGGCCUAACUGAUAAUGUCCCAACAACAUUUAAUUCUAUUAUGAUUGCUGAUAUCCAAUAAUGACAAAUCAUUCAAGAAAUAAAUCGCCUAGCAUACGGGUCAACAUCAAUGACCACGCAAUCAUCUAGCAUGUGUCCAUUCCUCACCGAAUACACCUCCCGAAUGACUCUGAAGUCUUCCUCAUGGAAAUUCAGCAGGCUGUGAUAAGGAGUGCACAUGAUGGUGUUCCGAUCGUCAUCCGUCGUCCCAGGCCACAAUUUUGACGGUGCCUCUUUCUCCCCAUCGUCAGACCCCGCGUGCCAGUGGCGGAAGCCCAAGAUGUGUGUGAACUCGUGCGCGAGGACACGGCGAAUUUUGGAUAAAUUUCCAAAUCUGUACGCCGAAUACAUCAGACUAGAGGAAACGAGUACCUGCCUGUCCCUGGGCAGGUCACUAGGGAAGAAGAACUGGGCAAGGAUGCCCUUGGCGAGGGUGCGGCCACAGCGGAUGCUGAAGACCUCAUGACCAGGAGUAGAAGUGUAGACAAAGGUGAUGCCCAGCCGCUGCCCCGUGAACACCUCGGCCACCUUGCGCGCAUCACAAAUGAGGAGCAAGAUGUCCUCUUCCGGUAUGUCUGCGUCCAAGAAGCUGCGCACAUCCACGCUGAAACGGAUCUUACGAUCGCGAGGCAUGAGGCGGUGGAUUUCGCGAUUGGUGAGAUUCAUGCGAGCCUGCCGCUCGGCACUUAAUACCAACACCGUGUUGGGGUGUGUAUGUACCGGCUCCUCUAUGCCAAACCCCGGUGUUCCAAAUGGAAUUCCGAAAAAGUCGUAGUCUGGGGCUGCCGCGUCGCGUUGCUUGACCCUGUCGGGGGGUGGAUCUCUCCACGUUCCAGUCUGGUUGAAGCUAGAACUGACGUUGACACCCGAUCCCAGUAGUCUAUCGACAAGUGGUCCAUCAGAGUGGAUGAAUGGAGCUAUGUUUGAUAUGGUGCUCCCGAAGAUGGUAGACUUGCUUCUGGCGGAACUGCCAACAUCCCCAGAACACUGAGGCUGGAGGUUGAGUUUCAGGUCCCAACAGAAGGUGACGUGACAGACCUCCGAGUCUGACUGUUUGUGCGGGUGGGCUAUGAUUUCUUACAUACUAAGCACCUUUUGAUGGACUCGUGCCGUGGGAAUGCAUUGCAUUGUGGGUGGCAUGGUUGAGUAGUGCUGUGCAGCAAGGGAUUGUGGACUGUAUGAGAAUUUCGCAGACUCCAGGUCGGGUAACCAGAAGCCACACCAACGAGAUAGUAACCAGGUUCAAGCUGUAUGCGUGGUGGUCACAGCAGACGGAUGUGUGGCCGUGGAUAUCAAGUGGCAGGAUAUAGACGGGGAGUGUUCUGGGCUGCUCCGAACCGUAUCGGUGCCUUUGAGACUGGAUCCUGAUUGAGUGAUGGUGUGUGAGGCUUCGUGAAGGUGAGGCAGAAAGAGAAUAAAAACUCGGUAAAGUAUUGGAAAGAUUGAAGAUGGAAGCUUGGAGGGGGUCGAGAGCAUAGGGUUAAAUAGAAAAGAGCUCGGCCCGUCUGGUUGCUAGAUGGGGGGCACGAAGC